AAGAAGGAGAACAGAGCAGACACCGCUAAAAAGAAAAAGAAAAACCGAGAACAAAGCAGACUGGACCAGGCGCUGCUAACCCUACCGGACUUCUCGACCGGAGCCGAGCGCCGCCCCGAGCGCCGGGCGCCACGCUGCCCGCACGGCCCCAAGUGAGCGCGCUACCACUCGCUCGGUGCCGCGCCCCCGAGCCUGCACGCCGCCCUCGGCUCCUCGGUACUUCGAUAGGCACGGCGUGCGCCGGCCACCGUCCACCGCGACGGCUGAUGUGCCACCGGUAGCACCCCGGCCAACAUUUAUCCACCGGCCUAACCAAAUGGAAGGUACUAGUGUCCCUAUUGAGAUUGAUGGAGACGCGAUCUGUCUGGAGAAUGUUGGAGACGACGAGCAUGAAGCUCAAGAGAGCGGACAGGUGCAAAUCAUCUAUGCUACUGAAAAUGGCGCUCAAGUAGCUUUUGACAGCCAAGAACAGGGAACGGAGGAACAUUCUGUGAGAAGUGAAGAAGACCAGGAAAAUAAUUCUGUUAUACCAAGCCGGGAGGAGUUUACUGAAGAAUUGCGCACUAAAGUUGCGUAUAGUGAGGAACAAGCUUACAGGCUGUACUGUGAGUAUGGGCACCGUAUGGGUUUUAGUGUGCGAAAGGGAAAGCAGUACUACUUUACAGGGACCAAAGUUAUUCGAACGAAAGACUAUUACUGCUCAAAGGAAGGUUUAAAGGAUGAUGAGCAGCUUACUGAGGCAAACUUUAAUAAGCCAGAGACCAGAACUAACUGCAAAGCGAUGGUCCGUUUUAGAGUUGAUUCCGAAGGUCAGUGGCGAGUUAUUCAGAUAAUUCCUGAGCAUAAUCACGAGUUGGUUCCGCCUGAAGAAAUACACUUACUGAGAUCAGUGAGGAUCCUUUCAAUUCCAAAACCCGGUACACUGAACGCAAUGGUGAAUGCUGAAAUCCAAUCGAUGCAUGACAGUUUGCAUGUGCAUGAUGAUGGUGCUGAAUGCCAUAGUCAGGUUAGCAUCCAAAGUUACGCACUGCUUGAACCAGAGGAUGCCGAAGCACUUGUAGGAUAUUUGAAGCGUAGAACAAUUGAACAAGGUAUGUUCUAUUGGGAUGUGCAAGUAGACCAAGAAGGCCAAAUGACCAAUUUCUUUUGGAGAGACGGUAGAAGCCGUGUUGACUAUGACUGUUUUGGAGAUGUUGUGGUAUUUGACACAUCAUAUCGUACCAAUAAGUACAAUAUGAUAUGUGCCCCAUUUGUUGGUAUUAAUCACCACAUGCAAAAUGUUAUGUUUGGCUGUGCAUUUAUGUUAGAUGAGUCGGUGACAUCCUAUGAAUGGUUACUGAAAUCAUUCUUAGAGUCAAUGGGUGGUUGUCCGCCUAAAACAAUAUUUACUGAUCAGAAUGACACUAUCUCAAAGGCAAUUGAAGUCAUUCUCCCAGAGACACGCCAUUGUCUUUGUCAGUGGCAUAUCGAAAAGAACCUACAGGCCCAUUUGGAUACACCAAAUGCUUCUGGAACAUUUCAUAGCAUGUUCAUGAAAUGCAUGAAAGAUUGCGAGUCAGAAGCAGAGUUUGAGGAAACAUGGGCAAUGAUGCGUCAGGAGCAUAAUUUGCAGGAUGACCAGUGGCUCACUGAUCUAUUUGAGCAGAGGCAUAAAUGGUGCACAGCUCUUCACAAGGUUGCAUUUGAUUGUGGUAUUAGAUCACUGGAUAGGAAUUUUAGUUCACACAAUGUGCUGGGCAGCAUUGCUGAUGAAUCAACUUCACCCACUAAUUUUGCUCUUGAGUUUGAUAAACUGGUUGGGAGUUGGCGUACAAAUGAAUCUGUAGACGAUAUUCAGUGCAAGCAAAUUUCCCCAGAGUGUUCAGUUAAGCAGAAUAGUAUUUUGCAACACGCUGCUGAAGUUUACACACAUAAAGUCUACAAGUCUCUUGAAACAGAGUUUCUAGACGGAUGCACUGGAACUUCAUACCAGGAAAUGCAAUGCAGUGAAACACUGUAUAGAUUUGAGUUCAUUAUGCAAAGUAGUCCAAAAGUUUGGAUAGUUUUCCUUGACACCUCUACCAUGGAAUUGAGCUGUAGUUGCAAAAAAUUUGAGAUGAUGGGCAUACUUUGUUCGCAUGCACUGAAUGCACUUGGUCUCAAGAAUCUUGAUAAAAUUCCUGAAAGUUAUGUUUUAAAGCGAUGGACAAAAUAUGUGAGGAAAGGGACUUAUGUAUUUCCAAGUGACCAGUCUCCAGAACAAGAUUGCACAGAGGCUGUGCUUGCAUAUCGUAACCGGGCUAUGUGGUUUGUUUAUGAUCUGCUGAUGAAGAGCAAAGGUCAUCAGGAUACAAGAAAACUUAUUCUUGACGUGCUUGAAAAUGGAGAAAAAUCAUUGGAAAGUGUAUGUGAACUGAAAAGGAUGCAUAUACAUCCCUCAGGAAAAGACAAAGAUGCAAGUAAAGCUGAGAAGAGGAAAAAAAAGUUAUCUAAGCAGGAUAAAAAUUCAAGAAAUGUUAAACAAGUGGUUUUGCCUCCGCCAGCCGAGUCAGUUUUUGUUGACCAACCAAAUCAAAAUCAGUAUUUUGCAACAGAAGAUAUUGCAACAAACUCAUCUAUUGGUAGACCUUUCUUCUACCAGGAAUAUCCUGGUACUGGUGUUUCAGCAAGUCAGAUUGAGGGGCAUGCAAAUAUCCAUUCCGUGCCUCAGUGUGCACCAGCACCACAGGAAUUUCCGGCAUAUGACGCAGUCCACCCCCCAUCUACAUUUGGUGGCGAAAGUAAUUUCUGAGGAAUGCAGUUGCAGUAGUACCAUUGAUGUGUGAAUAUCUAAAGUGCAUAUUUCAUUAACUGAUUGUUGUAUGGGCAUGGUGUGUUGGAUGAUCCUAAGCUGUAUGUAGGUCUCUUUUCUUUGACUUCGCUAAUUGAUGUACCAGAUGUAAUUUGUUUACUCAACUGUAUGGAGUGGAAGUAUUGUGCAGUUGAGAAUUA